AUGGGUGGCAGAGAAGGAAAAAUCAAGGGAGGAUCGUUCAAGACCAUGAAUCUUGAUUGCAGACUGUUGCGCAACAUUUUCCAUGAGAAUCCCACACCUAUACAGAGAAAGACGAUACCAAUGAUUCUUGAGAAGCGAAGCUUGAUGGGGAUAGGAAGAACAGGAAGUGGAAAGACGCUGUGCUAUUUGAUUCCUGCAAUACAAAGAGCUAUUGAUAGAGAAAAGACACUUGUAGUGGUUCCUACAAAAGAGCUGGUAGAGCAAGUAAGCAAGGCAAUGAAGAAGUUGACAAGAGGAAUGAAGGAGGUGGAGCAGAUGAUUGAGAUAAACACGCCUGGCGCAAUCGAAGAUGCAAAUGUCAGUAUGCUUGUUGUAGAUGAAAUAGAUAGGAUUCUUGAAGAGCCGAAUCUGAGGAAGGUGUUCAUGGAGCUGAAUGAAAAUCUGAUGUGCCAGAAGGCUUUUUUCAGUGCAACGCUUCCAAGCCAUGCACUGGACAUAAAGAUAGUCGAGAUUGAGAUGAAGAUCAAUGACACUGUCAAACACAUGUUUUUUUAUGUAUCUAGUGAGAGUAAAGAGGGAGCAUUGCUGCAUAUUCUAGACAAGUUCAAAAAGACAGUGGUGUUUGUUUCAACGAAGUAUGGGGUUGAGCUGCUUCUUGAGAUCCUGAACAACAAUGGAUUUGAGUCUCGAGGGAUAUAUUCGUCUAUGGAUGAUGAAGCAAGGGCAAUUAACUUCCGGAGGUUCAAUGCAUCACGAUCUGGUGUUCUUGUUGUUACUGAUGUGGCAGCAAGGGGAUUGGACAUUCCUCUGCUUGAUACUGUUGUGAACUAUGACCUGUGUGAUGAAAAAACAUUUUUACACAGGGUUGGACGUGUCCGAGGACUUGGGGUACAGUACAGCUUUGUCACAUACACGGACAUUUUCCACUUUUUUAACAUACAGGAGACGUAUCUUCCGAACGUAGAGAUAGGUACGAUUCCGCAAGAGUACCUUGACAAAUAUAGUCUUGACGGGUUUGAAGAUCUCAGGGCGUCAGCAGCCAAAGGAUAUCAGAAGUGUCUUGAGUUUCGCAGGAAAGUAAGUGUUCCUGUGGAGUACAAGGACAAGAUUAUGCAGUUCAAGACACAUUCGGUCUUUGAGCGCAAAGAGAUGCUUGUAGAUCAGUUGAAAAAGAUGUAUGGGGAAAAGACGAAAGAGAGGAGUGAGAAUAAGACAGUGGAAAGCAAGGAAUAUAGAGAUCAGACAUUUAUUCCAUAUGGAAGGAAGGACACAAGAAUACAUAUGUCUGCAUUUGGAGUUGCCAAAGAUGAUUACAUUAUUGAGAGGAAAGAGAAGUAUUCAUUUUCAAUGGCAAAGAAAAGAUUCAGGCAGGCAAAGCAAGAAAAAUAA